ACUAUACAAUGCGCUGAAAGAUGGUGCACCAGGAGAAAUGUGUUUACCAGGCCCAGAGGAAUGAGAGGGAGUCCAUUAGGCAGAAGCUGGCCCUUGGCAGUUUCUAUGACGACGGACCGAUUACCUUUACUGGCUGUAGCAAGAGCGGCAAAAACUGCCUGUCCUCACGUCUUCAGAAUGGGGUGAACCUACAGAUGUGCUUUGUGAAUGACAGCAGCAGUGACCGGGACAGUGAUGCAGAGGACAGCAGAACAGAGACCAGCCUGGACACCCCAUUGUCACCUAUGAGUAAACAGAGUUCCUCUCUGUCAGACCGGGAUACAGGAGAGGAAGACCUAGACUCGGAGGAUUCGGAGUUCUGGCGGCUCCAGCGGCGGCUGCAGGAGGAGGCGCGUGUGGCUCUAGCUUUGGCCCGUCCCAUGGCCCGCAUGCAGGUGGAGGUGGAGAGACAAAUUCAGAUACACAGAAGGUCUCCUGUGGCAGACCUGUUACCCCAUCUGCCACAUAUCAGUGAGUGUCUGAUGAAGAGGAAUCUGAGGCCUGUGGACAUGAGGGAUAUGAGCCUUGGUCAGUUACAAGUCAUCACCAAUGAUCUGCAUUCUCAGAUACAAGGUCUGAAUGAGGAGCUGGUUCAGCUUUUGCUAAUGAGAGAUGAACUCCACAUGGAACAGGAUGCCAUGCUGGUAGAUGUGGAAGAUCUAACCAGGCAUGCGCACAGCCAGCAGAGGCACAUGAUGGAGAAAUCUCUGGGCAAAGGCAAAUCAGCUUGCCACGGUGGCUGUGGUUCUCCAUUCUAAAGACACAGAGAAUAAACCCUUGCGUUUCACUAUACGAAGAAGCAAUGUACUAAAUGUAGAUCCCUUUUUUCCAACUAGUCGUGUGUGUAAAGCUUUGUGUGGAUGUAUGUUAUUUAUACAUGCUGUGUUCAUGCAUGCUGGCACCUUGGGAAGUUUUAGUUCCUUGUCACUGUCCAUCUGGCUCGCUCGGUCGGGGUCGGCGGAGCUGUGACAUUCGUAUGAAACUGAACUGAAUCAGUUUUAAGCAAACUAGAACUAGAAUUCCACCUGCCUGACAUGCUGAAUAUGUCCCACGAAGUGAAAUGUUAUGGCUUUUUUUCCGUGUUCAUCCGUGUAAAGAGGCUUUGACACAAUUUACAGUUAUAUAAAAAUAAAAAUGAUUUACUUAAGGGUUAUAUAUUAAUACUGAAGGAAGGAUAUGAAUCAAGAUGGCAUAUUUUCCCGAAUGUACACUUGUUGUUCUACACUCCAAAAAUUAUUUUUGCUGUUUGAUCAAACUAUAAAUAGUGUUUAAAAUGAGUUGAAACAACACCAUUCUUAAGGUUUUUUGGGACAACUGAAAUGUCUUAUGUUUAAUCCACUUAAAAGUGUAAAAAAUAUAUUGAGUUAACUUUACUGAUUUAUGUUGGAACAAGAUGAAGGAAUCGUGUGGAACAAAGACAUUGUAAGUCUCUUUGCACUGACCAAAAUAACAAACAACUUCAAUAGAAGGCUAAUUCACCCAAAAAUCACUGAUCAAUUAACAAAUGGCACAACCGUGUGAAGAUAUUUCAUCUGUGUUUGUCCUAAAAAAUGCAAAUAAAUCAACAUUGUUUGGUUGUCUUUCGCAGUAUUGACAAAAAUAAAUAAACAAACGGCUUACAGUAAUAUGUGCUAGUGUGUUUUCGUUUUCAUCUGUUUAGCACAGUCACAAGGGAAGAGGCACUCAACACCAAACAAGUGUCAUUGUGGUUUGUGUUAUAGGUCAGUCCCAAAAAUGAAACUUCUUGAGUUGAAUAAAAAUCUAAAAACUGUGUUUAAAAAAA